GAUACGAAAGUGAGAAUUGGUGAGAUGUAGACUUUAAUACCCAUUCUCAGAUCGAAUCCAACCACAUCAAGUCUGUGUUAACUUUUAAGUGUGCGCUUAGCAACUCUAUUUUCUCAAGUCUUUUUUGGCGACUUUAUUUUGUCUGCAUAGAAACUUAAGAAAGUAAUUUUACAUUCAAUCUCAUUUCUGUUGGAUGGCAUCUGUAAUUGGGGAAGCUGUUGUAGGAAAAGUUUUUGAGAUAGCCGUUGAGAUGGCUGUUCAGAAACUAAGUGAUGAGGCAAAUCUUGUGAGGAAUUUCAGACAAGACUUCAGAUGGUUAAACAAGAAACUCACAUAUGUGAGGGGUUUUCUGAGAGAUGCUGAUCAACAGUCUCGCCAUAACGAGGGUGUCAAAGAAUGGCUGGAAAGCAUUCGCGGUUUUGUAUUGCAUGCAGAGGACAUCUUUGAGGAAUGUGCUGUACAAUCCAUGUAUGGAGAUAAUGCUCAAUCUUGUGGGUUGAGUCGUAAUCAAUUGAUUUUUCGCUGGAGUAUGGGGCGGAAAAUUAGGGGCAUGAAGAACCGCAUGAGAUCUAUUAUUGAAGAUGGCAACGAGCUGAAUCUAUUGCAUGAAGUUUGGUCUGCGAAUGAAGCAUCACCCACUACUACAUCUCAAAGUGGAGACCGGAAGAAAUCUAAUCUUCUGCCCAGCGAUUCACACCCUGUGGGAAUACAAUCCAAAAUUGAUGACAUUCUCAGCUUGUUGGACAACAAUGCCUCUCCCGUUGUUGGUGUGGUUGGGAUGGGGGGCCUGGGCAAGACCUAUCUUCUUCAGCAAGUUUGCAAUGUGAUCAGAGAAAGGUAUGAGAUAUCUAUAUGGCUCUCUGUCUCUCAGUCCUAUUCUAUUUCCAAGUUGCAAAAUGAUUUAGCCUUUCAGUUAGAUGAAAAUUUACAUAAGAAGAUCAAGGAUAGUGGAGUAAGUGAGCAGGUAGCAGCAAAGUUGAUUUAUGAAACGUUGCAAGGGAAAAGAUGCCUUGUGGUGUUAGAUGAUGUGUGGAGGGCCAGCAGAGAAGAUGAUUUGUUAGCCAGACUUGGCCUGCUAAGUGGAAACAAUAACCCAUGCAAAAUUGUUGUUACCACAAGAAGUAGGGAGGUUUGCAGUAAUUUAAAUGCUGAAAUUUAUUUGAUGCAACAUUUGUCUGAUGAAGAUAGCUGGAGGCUGUUUUGUUUUUAUGCAUUUGGGGGAUCUGAGUCACAGCAGCAUCUGGAAGACUUGGGUCGUAAGAUUGUAAAGCAAUGUGGAAAUUUACCACUUGCUACCAAAACAGUAGCCGCAUCUCUGGCAAAGACCAGAUUGCCAACGGAGUGGGAGUCGAAGCUUCAUGAGCUUGAAGGAGUUGUUGCUACCGAUGUUGAUCGGAUCAUGCCUAUUCUUAGGUUGAGUUAUGACUCAUUGCCUGCACGUCUUAAAGCGUGCUUUGCUUAUCUUUCUUUCUUUCCAGAGGACGAGGAGAUAGAUUGUGAGUAUCUGAUAAAUUUGUGGAUAGGGGAAGGUCUUAUUCCAGCAGGAGAUGGCCAGUGGGAUGCGGCAUGGGACUGUUUAUAUCAACUUGACAAUCUAUGUCUGCUUCAAUUAUGGGAACAAGUGGGAUAUCAACAAUUGCUCGAUGAAAGACUAACCAAAUAUUGUAGAAUUCACGAUCUUUUGCUUGAUUUGGCCAUACAGGUAUCCAGAGAAAGUAAAUGUGUGUUUUCUCUUGAGGAAGCCUCCAAAGAUGCAAGUGCUGACUGUUGUCGGAUCAUACUGGCCGAGAAAAAUAUAAAUGACGAUGACAUUUCAAAGAGUCGUCCUGUUUGUCUCCGCACAUUCUCACUGUCUCAGAAUGAGAGGAUUGAAGGCAUUCCGACAAAUUUGUUUACCGCCAUGAGAGGACUGCGAGUUCUCGAUUUGAGUGGGACAUUCAUCUCCACAUUGCCUGAGAGCAUUGGAAAGAUGAAACUCCUCAAACUAUUGAAUUUAAGAGAUACAUAUAUUGAGGAGGUACCAGAGUGUGUGAGGCAUCUGAAAAGUCUCUUGUUUUUAUAUCUACCUUGGAGAUGUGAGAAGUUACCAGUAUGGAUAAAUGAAGUUAAAUGUCUUCAACAUUUAGAGUGCGAGCUGGUUCGUCGAAUGCCAAAGGGAUUGUCAAUGCUGGUCUAUUUGAGAACACUGCGAUCAGCAAGGUUGGAUCUAUCCGUUGAAGAGGACGAAUUCAUGAGGUUACAGGAUUUUGCCAAUAUGACUCAACUUCAGGAACUACAGUUAAUUGUUAAUGAUGAAAUGGAGUGGAAAGGGAUAGAAGAAGGGAUCCUUGUGAAGCUGGUGAAGAUGCGUCGUCUAGUAAUUCAAAACUCGACAUCAUCAAAUGCAGGGGAGCUUCCGGAGAAGAUGAAAGCCAUGAAACAUCUAGAAAGUCUUGGACUAUGGAACUGUGCAGUGCCAAGUUGGAUAUGUGAUUUGGCAAAUCUGAGGGACCUCGAAUUAGGUAGAUGUGAUUGUAUUGAUUGUCUGGAGUUGCAAAAAAUGCCCAACCUAGUGAGGUUGGUGUUGUGGCGUACAAAGAAUAAUGGGCGUGAGGAAUUGCCAAAGGUGUUUGGAAAGGCUGGAGGGUUUCCAUGCCUCAGAUUCUUAGAAAUUGGUGACUUUGAUGAAUUAGAGGAGUUUCCAGAAUUGGUGGAGGGGGAGAUGGCAUGUCUUGAGGAGUUACGUCUAUUCGAUUAUAAGAAAGUGAAGAGAGUGGCAUUGGAGCCGUUGAAAAGACUCAAGCUCUUCGAUUGUCGCGAAUCAGGAACCGCUGAAUUAAAGGAGACAUUGAAGGAAGGCGGAGCAUAUUGGCGUACAAUCAAAGCCAUCAAUCCCCAUUUAGCUAUUAGAUUAGAUUGAUAUAGAUUGACAUUAUUUAGCUUUUUUAUGUUUAAAAUUUUAAAUUCCUAGUAAUUUUU